AAUUAUCUGUAUAAAAAGUACACAUAGAAAAUCACCAUUUUAAUAAUUACUUCCUUGCCGUUUAGCUCGGUUAUUCGCUUAAAGUAUUUUUAAAUUUAAAAUGAAGGUUAUUCUGUCGUUUGCGGUUCUAUUCGCCAUUUAUCACCAUAUAGAUGGUUUUGCUUGUUUUCCAUCAUUUUGUGAACCAAUGAAAUGUCAAACUGAACUUGUGUGCAACGCAACAACUGAAAUAUUUGUUGAAAAGGGAAGUACUUGUAGAUGUUGUGAUGCCUGCUACCUAAAAUUAAACGAAGGAGAUAAAUGUGUACCACGGUUCCAUGGUGGUGGAGCUUUUCUUGCAAAAUGUGCAGAUAAAUUGGAAUGUGGAAAAGAUGGAACAUGUAUCAAGAAAGUCAGUAGUUGAAGUGAAGAAAUGUAUUUAACAAUAAACAGUUGUUAAAACGUUCGACAUUAAAUUAUUUCUUAUUUUUUGUAUUAAAAUUUGCUUUUUUUUUCAGUCUUAAUUAUUAUAUUUUGAAGGACCA